UUCAGUGCCUAGUGGAAUCCAGCCGUGGUAACUGGUCAGCUGAACCAGGCCUUUGAGAGGCAGGACGACUCAGGAUGAAGUUACUCGGUGGCGUUUUGGCCGCUCUUGUGGUCGUCAUCAUCUUUGGGGAUGGAUCAGCUGUGGAUAAACCUGUGGUUCCCGGUAACAUUCGAGCGAAGCUCAUCAAGAAGGUGAAGAUUGGUAAUUGCGACUUCCCGUGCAGAACGGUUUGUCCUCAAACCACCACUCCAGGUUCUUCAGGUCCAUUAAGCUCUCCAUCCAUUAAACCAUCAGUGCAGCCAAGUACAGAGUCUUCCGUGGCGCAGCCACCAACAGUCUCGGGCUCUUUAGCAUCAGCAGAGUCUUCCUCGGGUAAGCCGCCGACAGAUUCGUCAUCGCCAACCGGGUCUUCAACUGGUAAGGCAUUCACAGGUUCUUCAACAACACCCUCUUCAACUACCACUGCUGGGCUCAUGCUGUCACUGAAAGAGGAAGCUAAGUCUGCUGUGACUGAGUCCCAAACUGAAUUGGGAGGACUACUGGCUGAUGCUGAGCAGUCCCGUAUGAAACGCGCAGAUGAUAGUACAGCCAGCGUAAUAAGUGAAGAGAUUAUCACAGAAUUUAAGAUUAAGAUUACACGGUGGACAACUGAUUUCGGACGGAUAACUUUCCCAGAUAUACGUGAAAUUAGAAACACAACGAAUAGAAUAAGGGCUAUUAGAAUACAAAUAAAAUCAGGCACGAAAUCUUUAUCAAAUAAAUCCAUAUCAGAAUUGAAGGCCACCAUCAAAGUAACAGCUAUAUUUUUAGGUGACAUAUCUAAGGCCAUAGAUGAUGAAAAACGACAGGAUAAAUUGGCAAGCUCUAGUAAAUUAACUAAAACAAUAAAGGGAAUAGUUGGAGAUAUUAGAGACAAGGCAGUCUCACUUUCCAAACGACCAGUUGGCGACAGCAGUACUGUAUCUAUAGAUUUUGUAGAUGAAUUGAUUAGCAGAAUAAGAAUAACUAUAGAAAUGGGUCCUCCUAUAAUAAUAACUAUAGAUUUUGAAUUGGCAUUAAGUCAAUCUGUAUUAAAGUUGGAAGAAGUCUUAAAGAAUAUAGAUACUGUAACAUUCAGUUCUAAGGAUAUGGAAAAAAUAACAAAGUUAGUUUCUGUAGCAGAAAAUGCCGUUUCUGCUAUUGGGUCUGCAGUAAGAGAAAAUGAACGAAAAGCUGCUGCUCAUGAGAAGCUGUUGUUAUAUAAGGAUCUUCUGUCUGCAACUGAUGUUGUCCAAGAAGGUCUAGCUAAAAUAACUGCUGCUAAGGAAGCAGUCAGUGGAACACCCAUUACCUCUUCAUUCACCAUUCCAGCAGACAUAAUGGAAGUUUACAGCAUACUACAAACGUCUUUUGAACCUCUCACUUGGAGCCAUACAGAAAAACUCAAGUCUUUUGAAUUAGUAGCUAACCAAAUUAUUGGAUUAUUAAGUACUUCCAAUGUAGACAUUAUUGGCUUGGAGAAUCUAAAGAAUGCCAAUAAAGAACUUCAAAAACGGGCAAAAACAUCUGUUGAUGAAUUAAAUUCCAGAAGCUCAGUCAUAGCAAAGGCAGAUAUUACUGCAGAAGCUAAGCAGUCUUUAACUGACAUAGUUCAGUCAGUUAAAAAUUUCAAGAACAAGACGGCAGCAACAGGCUCACCGAAUCCCUUGGCCAUUAUUGAGAGUACUAGGUCUUUCUUGUCUGCACUGGAUCCUGAAUCAUUGUCAGAAAGCACAAUAACACAACUGCAGUCUUAUGCUACACAGCUAGCAAUAGAUUUGGAUCAAGCACUAUCUGAUAGUGUUGGGGUUGCAGGCAUAGAUGAUAUUCUGUCAGUAGCAGAGUCAGUUUUAUUAAAUAUAAAUGAAAAGCUAGAAAUAAUAUCUAAAUCCAAAGAGACCAUUGAUAAGAUAGAGACAACUGAGAGAGUAAUUACUCUGUUAUCAGGAUUUGAAACAGAAGUCUCUGCAUUGUCUUCUAAGUUCUCAAGUUCAGGAUCCCAGACUGAAGCAUCGGUCAUUACUGAAGUUGAAGAUGUAAUUGUUCAGGUAACGAAGGUACUUGUUAAAUUUGUAUCUAAAACAUAUACAAUAGUAGAAGAGGAUAUAAUAGAUAUUGUAGGGUAUCUAGAGCAGUUCAAGACAAGAGCUAAUCAGAUUCAAUCUUUUUCUGAAAUUAAAGGUCUCAACCAGAUACUAACUUUGAUUCAAACUGCAAAAGAGGUGGUGCAAGGAAGACAAAUAUCAUUCACUAAGAGUUUUGAGGCCAAGAAAACUUUAGAUGACCUUGACUAUAAAAGCUCCUUCUUAUCAGAGCUAAGGUCGUAUCUCUUAACCCUGAAAGACUUAGACUCUCCUACAUUAACAUCAGGAAGCUUGGUAGUCUCAGAAAUUACUCAACAAUUAGCAUUUUGGAGUGAAGGCAUCUUUUACAUCCGGAGAGAGCAAGUUGAUGAAGUGCAAGGUUAUCUCUUUACCUUGAAGAGUCAAACCGCCCCUGGGGAUAGCGUGAAAGGGGUUUCCAAUUUACUUUCCAUAGUAUCGAAUUUGGAAACACUUUUAGAAGGGGCCAAAAAUAAAACACGCCAGGCUGAUCAAGAUACCGAAGGAAAGAUUAACUUGGAAUCUACCUAUAAUCUUCUUACAGAGGCAGCUUCAACUUUCCAACAGCUCAUAGAGCUAACAAAAGAUUUCCAAAGCUCUGAAGUAACAUAUCAGGUAGUAACGAAAGUCACUGAAAAAGUAGCAGAGCUAAGCAAAAAGACAUCUGCAGUAACUUCACAGGAAGUUGAUGAAUUCAGGGCAGCACUGACAGAACUGAAUGAAUUUAUAAAAAGUGGUGGAGUACAAGGGAAAAUAAAAGGACUAACAGAAGACUUGUUGGAUAUCUUAGAUGCUAAGAAAUUAUUGCAGAAAAAAAUAAAGGAGGAUCAAGUUGAUAAAGUUGACAUUAUUAAAGAAAUAGCCCAGUCAAUUGGCAAAACAUUGAAGUUGUUAGAGACUGUAUUUGUUGAUGAAAAUAGUGUUAAUAUUUCAGAAUAUGAAUUUUUAAAAUCUGAGAAAAUUGAUGAAUUCUAUGAAUUUAUUGUGAGAGUAGAAGAGCAGCCCGGUUCGCUAGGUGACCAAGAUUUACAGGAUUUAUUGACAAUUACACCAGAGAUCCAGUACACAGUAUCAUCUGCCAGUGAGUACAGCAUCAUUACUGGCUACAGAGUAAAUUUGACUACAAUCCUUCGAAAAGCAAAGGAUAUAAAUGAUACAUUAUCUGGAAUAAUUGUUCAAGAAGAAACUUUGAAAAGAGACAGCGAAAAGCUCUCCCUCUAUUCAGAUCUUGGGACAUCUCUGUCUGAAAUUGUCUCCUCACUAGGAAGAAUAUCAAAGCUAGAAGCUGACUCUGAUCCUAAUAGCUUUAAAGGGGAAUUUGAUGCUUUUAAACCAAUACUGCAGAGCCUCUCAGAAAACUUGAGUCUUUUCGAUAAUCCUUCAGAGUUAUUGAAGUUCUUAGAUUUGCUUUACACAAUAGAAAAAAGCAACAAGAAACCAGCAGGAACUGACUCACUUUUAGCUCUAGCAGAAUCAACAUUAAAUUCAGUUAAUAAACAAAUAGAAGACACAGAAACUAGUAAUCUCAUUGCAGUGCAUUUACAAAAUUUAAAUGCAGUUUCAGAAGUAACAAGUAAAAUAGAAAAGGAACUUAAGAUUACACUUGAUAAUAUCAGUCCUGACAAACUUCUCGGGGAACCUAAUAAAGAUAUUGAAGAUACAAUUAAAUUUAUAAACACCUUGAGUUCUAAUGUUGGUUCUGUAACAAGUGAAAUCAUUUUAGAUUUGGCAGGCAGACUUUCGCAGAUCACAUCUCUACUGAGUGAGCCAACAAAUGAACAAAGUGCCGGUAAUUUGUUAUCCUUGAAGAAAUCUGUAGAGAAGUUUGCAGACAAUGCUGAUAGAUAUACAAAAGACCUCCUUGAUCGGGAGACUGUCAAAACGCAAAUUAAGGACGUUCAAAGUUCAGAUGAGAUCCUGAGGAAAAUCGAAGAGGAAUUAUCAAAGAAAAUCAGUACAAUAACUGAAUCGGAUAUAACAGACUCAGGAAGCUCGGAACCGGAGGCAAUUUCAGGUCUUACUUCCAAACUGAAGAAGAUAUUUGAUAAGUCAGUUUAUGAAGUGAGCGCAGCAGAGCUUAAUGAAUCUCUUAAUGCUCUGAAGAACCUGGAUGUGACCGAGGGUGUGGAAACUCCUGGAAUAUUUGCUUUGCAAUCUUUAGUAAAACGAUCAGUUUCUGAUUUGGAAUUAGAGAGUCAGUUUUUGAAAUCCACAGAAGUGGCUAGAAAAUCUGUUGAUAUCUUAGCAGCUUCAUCCCAGUAUAUAGCUGCUAUAGAAGACCAGUUACAGAACAUAAUUAAUUAUUUCCGAGGAGAUAAAGAUAAAGAUAAAGGAUCCAGACCAGUUGUAAUUACGGCCAUUUCAACUCUUCUGGGAAAACUUGGGGAUGAGGAAGUCAGUUUUUCUUUUGUAAAAGAUAUUGAAACUCUUUCAAAAGAUCUUAAAAGCCUCGACCUUCAAAUGGCAAUCAACACAGGAUCUGUUAUUGAAGCUUUGGAGUUGACAAGAACUGCCAGUUACAAGGCAACGCAAGCAUUAAAAGAUCAGGAGAGCAUCUCAAAAGAAAGACAGAGAAAUGUGUUGUAUGAAAGAUUAAGCGGUAUCUUAAGUCAAACUCGGGAAACACUGCAGACACUUGACAGCAAUAAGACACUUAAUGGACCUUUAUUAGAUAAUGAAGACAUAACUCAGUUUUUCAGUCUAAUCAAAGAAUUAUUUGGAACUGCUGAAAUAAAAGGAAGGAAAAUAGAUUUACUUGAAGCAGUGUUAGAAAAAGUAAAACGCCUAAGCUCAACUGAUCUUGCAGGUAAAGAUAUAAGUGGCAUGACUGAAGCAAUAGACGAAGCUGGCCAAUUAGAACAAAAUAUAAAGGAUGAGUUGUCCACAUCCAAGAAAGAUGUAAAGCUUUCUGCCAAGAAAACAACAAAGCUCGAAAUAGCAAAGACUUUUGAUCGUAUAAGCAGCAUUGUGACAUCGAAGUUAUCUUCAAUAGGUAUAGCAACACAGCAAAUAGAUGUUACAGAAAUUUUGGACUUGCAGAAAACAAUUGAAGACAUUGAUCUGGAUGCUGCCUCAUUUGAAGAUGUAUCAGUUUUGAAAGAGAAGGUAGAUGCUCUCGAAAAAAUUGUCAUAGUGGAAGGUACAGGCAUAAAUAAUUUGAGAGAUCUGAAAUCUACUGUUAUAUCCAAAACUGAAAUUACUAAGCAAAGUUCAGAAGUGUUCUCGGCCAUCAGUGAAGUAUCAGAGUCAAGCAGGUCAUUGACACAGAUAAAUGAAGCUCUCUCUGGUCUGGAAGAAGAAUUGUCCAGUGUUACAGUCUCGAGUAAUAACCAGGAUGACAAUGAACCAACCGGCAUACUAUCUGAGAUAUUAGAAGCUACCUAUAUAGUAGAUCUGUCUGGUCUUUGGAGUUAUCUACUGAAAAAUUACAAGAAAUUACCGAAAAACUCCAGUAUGUUAAAAAGAGUGUUAGUUUUGGUUCAACAGUACUUCAAAAGAUAACUUCCAGA